AAAAUAAUCAAACAUGUCUGCCGCCCUAAAGUGAGUUGUUUUGUUUUGAUUCUUUCGGUGUGUGUUAUUUUCUCUCUCUCAAUAUUGUGUCUUUGGUAGAACGAAUAAAGAAUUAUCACUCAACUGCACAAUCAAAUAAUUUUUUUUUUUUUUGAAGUGACGACGAACAAUUUUAUUUUAUCUCGGUGUGUAAAUUCAAAUUAAUAUUUAGAAAAAUGUGUGUGGACAAAAUUUAGUGUAUGUGAAUUGAUGCGAGGAGUAAGGAAUUCAUCAUCGUGAAAGGCACAUCAGGAAAUUGAAAUUUCGAGCACAAAGACCAUUUUUCGACGAAAAAAAGAGAGCCAGGACUGAAAUUGAGUGCGGCGAAAUUGGAAAUUUUUCUUGUUGUUAUUGAUAUUUGUGAUGGCAAUAGCCAAUAACACAACAACAACAUCUGGUGGUAUAUAUGGAUGGUCGGAAUUUUGUGAACGUCAUGCCCGGGCGGCUGCAGCCGAUUUUGCCAAAUCCUGUGUACAUUACAUCAACACAAAUUUACCGGGCAACGUUCAAAUAUCUGCAUCGCACACGGAUUUUAUGAAACGUUUUAUCGAAUGUUUUUCGGAGCAUUUUGAAACAGAAUUCUCCCGGCGAAGGUUAUCACAUCAAAAACCGAAUGGCACAGUGAACAGCAUUGAUGAAGAUGCUGAACGGAUUGAUCAUGUGGAUGCACCAAAACCAAGCAAACCAUUCUUUCGACGAUUGUCAUUCAAGGGACUUAAAAAAGGAAAGAGUUUUGUGUUGUUGCAGGCAUUGUUCCAUAAACAUCAUUCGGAAGAUAGUGAUGCGUCGGGCAGUCGACCGGGAAAGACUAAACUCUCAAAUAUUGUCGUUGAAUGCCGGAAAGUCGGAGAAGUUGUUGUACUCACACAAGAAAGUCUUGAUCAACCAUCGGAAAAUCAAAAAUGGGAAAAAUGUAAAUUGGCCCUUGUUAAAACGGCCGGUGGUUAUUUACUCGAAUUUUACUCUCCGCCAAAUGCCAAAAAGCCGCGUAGUGGUGUAUUUUGCUUUUUAAUAUCAGACGUUCGUGAAACAACAGCACUUGAAAUGCCAAGCAGAGAAAAUACGUUUGUUAUAAAAGCUGAUAAUAAUAUGGAAUAUGUCAUUGAAGCGACCAAUUCGGAUGAUAUGCGCAGUUGGCUUGCAACGAUUCGAUAUUGUAUGCGUAGUACACCAACUGUUCAAGUGCAAGGCGUCGAAACAUUAACGGCGAUGCCAAAUUUAACAACGAUUCCAGCAUCACCACCAGCUCCAACCGCACCAGUCAACAGUGCUGAAGGUGCGACCGGUGGUAGUACGAUACAUUUAAAUGAUACAACGACAACAACAACAACACCGUCGCCUAAUAAUUUGGUACAGCAAUCGGAAACUAUUGGCCGAAGUACGGGUGAACGAAUAUCGACAUCGAGUAAUUUUGAAUUGACAGAAGGUGAUUUGGAGUCGGUGCUUGAGGUGGAUGCCGAUUUGGCAGCGAAUAUGAGAGAAUUUCCAUGGUUUCACGGUACAUUGGCCCGAUCAGAUGCCGCUAAUCUUGUACUUCAUGGUGGCAUCACUGGUCAUGGUGUGUUCCUAGUUCGACAGAGUGAGACGCGCAAAGGCGAAUUUGUACUGACUUUUAAUUUUCAAGGAAAAGCAAAGCAUCUGCGAUGCAGCUUAAAUGAUGGCGGUCAAUGUCGUGUCCAACAUUUAUGGUUUCCAUCAAUACACGAAAUGCUGGAUCAUUUUAUGCAAAAUCCCAUACCAUUAGAAUCGGGUGGUUCGGCCGAUGUAACGCUUACCAAUUAUGUGUACAAUCAACAGACACCAAGACAUCCGAAUCAAGUAAUCACAUUGAAUGCGAGCACACGAAUUAAAACAUGUGAUUUAGAGUUGUCACACUUGCUGUUGAAUCAAUCGGCAUCGUCGACAAAUUUGUCAAAUUCCAGCACACCGACAACCACAACAACUGGACCAAAUCAGCAGCAACGUGGCAACGCAAUCGAUACAGAAUCGGGACGUGCUGUUGAUAAUCAGUACAGUUUUGUCUGAACGAAAUCGUCUUCUAUAUUUUUCGGUGCGAAUCAAAAAAAAAUUGUCAACGAAACAUUUGGUUGUUCAUUAUUUAACGAAGAAAAAUCUAUUCAAUUCACAUAUGGAAACAUAAGCAACUAGUCCGUAUUCAUCUCCAUGAGAGAGAGAGAGAGCCAGUCCAAUGAAAUAAUAACGCACAUAUUCAUGUUUGUUAUAUCUUAUAUACACAUGGUUUCCCGAUAUCAAUAUAGUAUAAAUAUGCAAACAUUUCGGUUGUAAAAUGUUGUUUUCUCCUCUUGUGUGUGUUUUUUUAGAAGAGGACUUAUAUCUUUUUUUAAUGGAAUUUAUUUUUAAAUAUUUUUUUUUUUAUUUUACUCAAUCGAUGGCUAGUUUAAUCACACGUAAUUUAAUACAUAAUUUUUAAAUCAAAAAACAACAACAUUGACAAAUUACAAAUGCUACACAUUUUUAGAAGCGACAAAGGAACAUGAUUAAUUUAAAAAUAAAAACUAAAAGAUUGAUAUUCCUGUAUUAUAUAAUACGAUAAAUCUAUAUAUAUAUAUUAAAUGUAUUUUAACGCGUAACUAUAUAUUUACCUACAUUUAUGGCGUACGUUUAUUCAUUAAGCUUGAAAUAAGCAAACACAACUUUGAUAGUCAUAUUUUAUGCAAAGUAAACAUUAAUUCAAAUACUAUCUAUGUAUAUUUCAAAAGAAAACGCAAUUAAAACAUUUUAUACCAAAAUUAA